CAAUUAUUUAACCUCAAGCUUUCUUCGCAUUUGAAACACACAGAGCAAUUUUUUUUCCCUCUCUCUCUCGUCUUCGAAUUCUCACUCUCGCGAUCUUCCAUUGCUUCACUUUUCUCUUCUCGAUCCUUCGUCCUCUUCUCCUGAAUUGAGAAAUUCAAUGGAUACUGUAAGAAGCCUGAAAAUCAAGACGAGUACCUGCAAACGACUUGUGAAGGAGCUGCAUUCUUAUGAAAAGGAAGUUGAGAGAGAAGCUGCCAAAACAGCUGAUAUGAAGAACAAAGGAGCUGACCCUUAUGAUCUCAAGCAGCAGGAAAAUGUGCUAGGUGAGUCAAGGAUGAUGAUUCCUGACUGCCGCAAGCGUUUGGAGGCCGCUUUGGAAGACUUGAAAGGAAUAUUGGGCGAGUUGUUGAAUGAGACUGAUAAAAAGGAAAGCCCUGAAAUUGAUGAAGCUCGAAACAUCAUUGUGGAAGUUGAAAAGGUAUUUGAAACAAUUGAAGCUUAGGAAGGCAGUUACACCAGUGUAUGCGGUGGACGAUAUUGUGCCUGUAUUAUAUAGUUUCUCCUUGAUCUUCAAAAUUUGAUCGAUGCUGAAAAAGUUUAUGAAACUUGUGACAUUUAACCUUAUAUAUACUUAAGUAUGACAUCGAUUUACUUUUCUAA